CUGGUUCUCAGACUAUGUUGAGUCCGUCUCGGAUCCUGCUUGCCAUGAUACUGACAACGCUUCAGGGAGGGUACUGGGUUUCUCCAGGACAGGCCAUUGUGCCCCUAGUAUGGAGGGUUCAGGAAGAAGAUGAGCCCCAGGGGAAACUUCUCUGUAUGGUCCAAGGCAUGUUUGAUACAAAUGUCACAAUCUGGUUCUCAAAUGGCAAUGGCACAAACAUUGGCACAUUUCAACUAUCUAAUCCGAACAUCUCCUCAUCUCUAUCUGUAACCAAAUCUAGUAACCAUCACCACCCUCUUUCCCCCCUAACAUCUGUUAGUUUUCGCACUUUCCUCAGUCCUCCUUCACGAAGAGAGGAUGUUAUUAUUCUUGCCCGCUCUUCCACCCACAGCAUUGGCAAUCAUCACUCCACUCAUUAUUCUAGUGGAGCUGUAAACAGUCAAUUGGUCUUCAGACCAACUAAAAGGGAUUCCCAUAAUUUGUUGCCAUCACACUUUUCCAACGAGGAUAUUGGUGUGUUUGUCCUGCUGUCUCUUCCCAUUGAUGAACUGAGAUUGUGGAGCUCUGUUGCUUGCUUUGUAACUGAAUCCGGAAAAGCCAAGGUCUGGAGUAGUAAGAACCUGUCUCUACCAGGUGAAGAUGUGGAUACCAUGUGUGUUGAAGAGGAGUUACCUCUGGAUUCAGCUCUCCACCUGAGAUGGGAUUUCCUGCAGCUUCUGACACUGAGGAUCUUGGCGCUGAAAGCACUGAGCUUUAAUCUGCUGCUAACAUGUGCAUCUGUCCUGCAAACCAGGAGCGAUCUGUGACUCCCUCACACUCGUCUUUCAAACCAGGAGCGAUCUGUG